AUGUCCCGACCGCGUCACAUUUACGACGUGGUGAUUCCUUUGCUCUCCUUGUCACGAGUCACCGGGGUGGUCGCGUUUCACCUGCUCGGUGAGCCACCGUACGUCCGGAUAAAGAUAAUGCCAGUGGAUUGCGUGGCGCUCCUGCUAAACCUGCUCGUGAACUGCUUCUGCGUGUAUUUAAACGUGGAGCACAAUCGGGCCUUCGCGUUCACUGGUUCGGCGGUAAUGGAUGCUGGUCUAGGAUAUCUGUUCCCGUUCGGGGCCAUCUGCAUGAUGUUGGUCAACUGCGACAACGUGCUACGCCGUGGUACGAUCGGUUUGAUCGUUGCCGAGUUGUACGAGGUGGAUCGAUCACUGCAACGCAAGAGUCAUCGCAUCAACCAUCGGCGUCAGAUGCGGCUGCUGAUGCGCAUACUGAUUCUGUUGCUGUCGUUGGUCACGAUCGGCACCGGUUACUCCUUGGCGGUGGCUGUAACGGCACACGGUUCCCAAAGGCUGCAGUUUCCCGGUUUCGUCACCAACACAUUCUCGUACCUCGUGACGGGUACGGAGAUCGUCCUGGUGAACUUCCAUUUCAUUAUCGCGGCCCGAUUGGUUGCAUUCCGCUUCGAUGAAAUUGAACGGUGUCUCCGGAAGCACCUGGACGCUGGCCAGUGGUGGAUCGAGCGCGGCAACCCCUGGGGACGGAAGACGACCCGGGUUGAUGUGAUCGCCAAUCUGGGGGAUGAUUUUUUCACCCUAGUUCGAAUUGUGGCCCGAAUCAAUCGGGUCUACUCGAACCAGCUCGUGUUGUGCAUCUCGGGCGUAUGCUUUUACAGCAUCUUUAUUAUCUACGCAACUACCUUCACGAUUUUCAUGGGCCGCAUGGAGGAGCUCCGGAUGGUGUCGGUCAUGCUGAGCGCGUGGGCCUUUAUGGUCGCCAUGAUGGGCUUCAUCUUUCACGCGGGAGUGGAACUAUCGCGUAGCGCCCGGAACGUGGCCGAACUCCUUCACCAUGCGGUACAGCGGGAGCAGGACGCGGGGAUACGUCAGAAGUUGCUCCACUUUUCCCAACAAAUCCUGCUGCGCCCACCGAAACUACGAAGCUUGUUCUAUGAGUUCAACUGGAAAACUAUGUUCCGGAUUUUUGGGUUCAUCGUCACCUAUCUGGUGAUACUGAUGCAGUUCGACCGCGUUUCCGUCAGGCCGGCGAAGGAAUGA